UCAUUUACAGGAAAUGAAACUGAACCUUGCAGUCACUUCAAAAACAAACAGUUCCAUCAGCAGAACAGAAGGACUUCCACAUGCAAACAGGCGAGGUCAGCUUCCUCAGGCUUGUUAGCACAAAGUUUUAUCAUUCGAAUAUAAUAAACAGAAACUUGUUUAUAACUUGUUUAUCAAGUGUAACAGCAGUUCUGUAACUUCAUCUGCAGCGGAAGCCUUGAGUUUGGGAGGAGGGGAAGGGUACGGUGAGUUUCAUCUCCUCAGUAAAGACUAGAUGUGAAGCAAGACGGAGUUGUGUUUUGAUUCUGCUGUUUGUUUAUAUUUAUUUAUAUUUAAUCAGAUGAGUCGAUCACUCUCUUUUAUAACAAUGAGCCAAGAGGCAGCAGCAGCAGACACAUAGUUAGCUUUACACCAAAGAAAACAGAUAAGACAAAAUCAAACAACAUAAAAAUAAAACAGUUAGACACAAAGAUAAAAGACUGUUCUCACAUAUAAUAUGUACAAGCAAUCUAAACAGACUUAAAACAGUCUUUAGGUGCUCAGAAGCACAUUGAUCAGAAACUAUUAAUUGCAAUAAAUUAUUGACGGUAGAUAAUGGAAUGUAAGUAGUGAGCUUCAGUGGUUUUUGCUAGCCUGGCCUGCCAGACUCCUCAUCUGUUUAAUUCUGCACAGAGAAAGGGUCUGGGAACUCUCCUAUUCAAAUAACCCCACCCAGUGAGAAUUCUAACCGAGCCAAUCAGCGCUGAGUAGCGUACGUCACACACCACAACACCGAGUUUGUCACAAACAUGGUGACUGAAGUGGAGUUCGCUGCGGCUCUUCCCUCUGUUCUAAAUUAUUUGAACAUGUCUUUAAAACCACAACAAGUAGAAGCACUAAAAGCAUUUCUUCUAAAAAAAAAAAAAAAUGUUUGCGCCGUUGCCAGACGCUAUUUUUUUUACUACAAUGAGAAAUCUACCGCGUCCCGGUACAGUCGGGAUUUCCGUCUUUUUUUUGAUUGGUCAUUUUUGAGCUGCCUAGUCCCGCCCCUCAAGUGCCUCUCUGCCUGUGAGUUACCAGACUCAUUCUCUGUGCAGAAUUAAACAGAGGACGAGUUUGGCAGGCCAGGCUAGGUUUUUGCAGCUCAUUCCAGUCAUUAGAAAGCAAACUGGAAUGAGGAGCGGCCAAAGGAGGUGCGAGCUUUGGGAAUAACCAUAGAGAUGAAGUUACUGGAACGUGAAUAGCGCUGGUUGUUGGGAGUGAUGAGUAAUGAGCGAAGACAUGACGGGGUUCAACCGAUGAUUGUUUUGUAUGUGAACUGGUACCAAUGCACCAACCUGCAGGAAUGGACUGAUGGCCAGUUAACGAAUAUGGCCACAGCCAUGCCUGAAGAUCAUCUGACAUGCUCCAUCUGUCUGGAGGUGUACAACGACCCUGUCUCCAUUCCCUGUGGACACAACUUCUGUAAGUCCUGCCUCAGCAGGCACUGGGCAGAUAAAGAGCAGCGUCUUUGUCCAUUGUGCAAGGACACAAGUGACAAGGAGCUCAAACUCAGAGUCAACACAGAGUUAAGGGAGAUUGUGGAGAAGUUUAAGAAACAAAAUGAGAAAGCUGAUGGCACAUCUCCAAUUAAACCUGGUCAGGUGCCAUGUGACUGUUGCCCUGGGAAAAAAACCAGAGCCUCAAAAACCUGUUUGGUGUGCCUGGUGUCAUAUUGUGACAAACACCUAGAAAACCACCUGAAAAUCGAUGCCUUCAAGGGACACAAAUUGACAAAACCUGUGCACAAACUGGAGGACAAAAUAUGUAAGAAACACAACCAUAUUCAGGAGUUCUUCUGCAGGGAUGAUCAAAUCCGUGUUUGUGCCCUUUGCACAGAACACAGCGAUCAUGACACGGUUCAUUUGGACGAAAAGUAUGUGGAUAAAAGCUACCACAUGGGGAAGAAACGAGAGGUCGUGCAGGAAACUAAACCCAAAAAAGCAGUGGAGAUUAAAGAUGCAGCACAGAAAAAACAGAAAGGGGGAAGAAAACCAAACAGAGCUAAGUCAAACCAAACAACUCCUCCAGGUCACAAAGAGGCAUCACAACAUCGGAAUGGAAGAACCUGCUUCCCUCAAGUUGCAGGAUUCUCUGAAGAUAUAUUUUUGUUUGAGUUUAAUGUUGAAGACAGAGCUGUCUGCCAUCUAGGAGUAGUGAGAAUAUCAACGUUCAGGAGGCAAAACCUUUUAUCAAACCACAGCGACGGAAACUGGGUUAUAACGUUGCUGAAUGAUGGAAGAAUCAAGAGAGUUUGUAUGUGUUUAGAUCAGAAGAAUAGAGUCCUGUUGUUCUCUAACGCUGACUGUGGAGACAUCAUUUGCAGUUUCUUUGACUGUGAGUUCAGAAAGCGAGAGGAACUCUUUAUAUUCUACGACCCUGGUCAGCCACUCAGCUGGCAGCAGAGGAUACAAAGAUACGUUCAGAAGAAAGUAGAGGAAAGAGAUGUUUCUUUCUUUGUCUCGAUCACACUGAUAACACUUCUUUGGUAUGUUCUAGCUGUGUUUAGUUUCUAACUGCAUUUUUGGUUCUUUUUUAAAACACAGAAAAGGUUUCUUUUAUACCUUGCUGACCGUUUCGUUUACCGGCUGUAAACUUCCUCAGAGCUGACGCUGGUGGUGGUGUGAACGGAGAAGGAAGAGAUGCCACCAUCAGCGUCAGCUCUGAGGAAGUUUACAGCAGUAAAUGAAACUGUCAGCCAGGGGCGUGUCCAGGGAGUGGCCUGGGGUAGCACAUGCCACCCUUGGAAUCUGAUUGGCCACCCCAGGUGCUAACACACUAAUUUACCUUUAAAUAGUCUUUUCAUUGUCCACAAAAGGCUUGGGGGUAAAACAAAAAAGGCAUAACCAUUGGUGCCACCCAUGCACAAAGCUGUGCCUUAUCUGGGCCACCCCAUUUUAAAAGAUCUGGACACGCCACUGCUGUCAGCAAGGUAAAAAAGAAACCUUUCCUGUGUUUUAAAAAAGAACCAAAAAUGCACUGAUAAGACAUUUUUUUACUUUAAUAUCCACGAUAUGUUUGCCAAGGUAACAGAUCUGUCUACACUUCUGGACAUAUUAGCAGACAGAUUCUGGUGGGGGUUGGUAACAAGUGUGAUUGUGAAGAUUUUGCAUUGUGCAAAAACAUGAGUGAACAAUAAAUGAUAUAAUGUUAUCUUCUAUCUGGACUCUGUUCAUGCUUCAUGAAUUCAUGACUGUAUUUACACAACUGGACUGUUUUUGAGCUCACACAAAGAACUCUUCCAUCUCAGCUCUUAACUAAUCUUUCAUUAUUGAAGCUGGUGGAGUACACAGUUAUCAAAAAGUUAAAAACUCUUUUCUUCGUCCAUUAUUCCAUAGUGCAUGUUGGCAAUGUCACCACUAGAGGGAGCUGUGUCUUCAUCCUGCAAACAUCAGCACAUCAGCAUCAUCACUAUAAAGCAGGUGCUGUAAGGAUUCUGCCAUUAAUGAACAUUUUCACAAUUUGAUUCAUUUGACAUUUAAUGUCCUCAGUUAAUAAAUAAUAAACCAAAGGAGAUAAAAUUAUUAAAAACAAAUAAAAAAACAGUAUUGUAGGAUUGUGGCAGAAAGAUGUCAGACAUCUAAAUCUAGACUAAAAAAAUAAACACUAUCCCACAGUUUUUUAUGGUAUGGCCGGUAUUUAUAUAGUGCCAUCUAGGAUUCUACAACCUCCCAAGGCACCUUACAACACAACCAGCCAUUCACCCACACAUGCUGGUGGUGAUGAGCUGCAUUAUAGCCACAGCGGCCCUAGCCAAAACUGACAGAGGCACGGCUGCCAAGUACAGGAGCCACUGGUCCCUCCAACCACCACCAGCAGGCAAGGAGGGGGAAGCAUCUUGCCCAAGGACACAAUGACUGCGACAGACUGAGCGAGGCUCGAACUUGCAACCAUAACAUUUUGAGGCGGGCACUGAACUCCUCUGCCAGUUGUGACCAGCCAGUUUGGUCUACAAAAACACCUUAUAAAGGCAUACUAUGCAAUUUUUCAUCUUUUUGUUUUUUCUGAGAAUAUGUGCUAAAACAGCCUUUUACAGGGUUAAUGAAACAUCAAUGAGACCCCACCGCCCCCUGUGACCAGAAUAUUGCACUUGCAACUUCAAAAGUAUACGGGCUGUCACCCAGUGGCGGC